CUUUCACAUGAAUUACUGAUCUCACGUACUCCGAUAGACAAGCCAUUAUUAACUUGUGGGUUCUUCUGGUUAACGGCCCACGCGGAGAAGAAAAGAACCCACAACGGCGAGUGAUGAGAAACUGCGAGUGAUGAGAAACUGCAAGGAAAAACCGCAUCCUUGCGCAGUUACGGAACACACGGGCAGAGAGACGAACCGCGACUCGAGUCCACGGCGAACCGCACCGCAGGCGGGCCUCCGGCAGCGGUUGCCGUUGCGGGCUCCUCUCCUUCUUCCAUUGGUUUCGCUUUCCUUCAUUCUUCUUGCCUUCCUCCGCUCCCAAACCCCUCCCCCAAAACUGAACCAAAAACCUCUCUCCUCUUGCGCUGUCUCCCAAUGCGCGACUAGCAUCACCGCCGGCGGAAACCGCACCGCACAGCAUCCCAGCGCGAUGAUGUCGUCGUCUUCGUCGCCGCCCCCGCCGGCCCGGGUGGCGGCGGAGCUGGUCCCCCCGUGGCUGAAAUCCCUGCCCCUGGCGCCCGAGUUCCACCCCACCGCUGCCGAGUUCGCCGACCCCGUCGCCUACAUCCUGAAGAUCGAACCCGCCGCGGAGCCAUUCGGCAUCUGCAAGGUCGUGCCGCCCUGCCCGCAGCCGCCUAAGAAGACCACCCUCUCCAACCUCACCCGCUCCUUCGCCGCGCUCCACCCGGACGACCCGGCCCCGACCUUCCCUGCGCGCCACCAGCAGCUCGGCCUCUCCCCGCGCAGCCGCCGCCCCGCGCUCACCGCCGUCUGGCAAUCCUCCCGCUCCUACACCCUCCCGCAGUUCGAGUCCAGGGCCGCCGCCUCCCGGAAGACGCUCCUCGCCCGCCUCAACGUCCCUGCCUCCAAGCACCUCUCCCCGCUAGAACACGAGGCGCUCUUCUGGAGCGCGUCCGCCGACCGCCCCGUCACGGUCGACUACGCCAGCGACAUGCCGGGCUCGGGCUUCUCCGCCCCCUCCACCUGCGCUGCACGGCCCCCGAGUCAGCAGGCGCACGUCGGGGAGACGGCCUGGAACAUGCGCGGCGCCGCCAGGAGCCCCGGCUCGCUCCUGCGCUUCAUGCGGGACGAGGUCCCCGGGGUCAACACGCCGAUGCUGUACGUCGGCAUGACCUUCAGUUGGUUCGCCUGGCACGUCGAGGACCACGACCUGCACAGCCUCAACUACAUGCACUUCGGGGCCGCCAAGACGUGGUACGGGGUGCCGCGCGACGCUGCGCUCGCCUUCGAGGAUGUGGUCCGCGAGCACGGGUAUGGCGGGGAGGUGAACCCGUUAGAAACCUUCGCGACGCUGGGGAAGAAAACAACUGUGAUGUCGCCUGAAGUGCUCGUGGGCUUGGGGGUACCUUGCUGCAGGUUGGUGCAGAAUGAAGGGGACUUCGUGGUCACUUUCCCAGGAUCAUAUCACUGCGGUUUCAGCCAUGGUUUCAAUUGUGGUGAGGCAUCAAAUAUAGCUACCCCUGAAUGGUUGAGAGUAGCAAAAGAGGCCGCAAUCAGGAGAGCAUCAAUCAAUCGACCUCCCAUGCUUUCACACUAUCAACUGCUUUACGAACUUGCACUGUCAAUGUGCAUAAGGGAUCCGUCUAUUGGGCCAAUGGAACCACGAAGUUCUAGAUUAAAGGAGAAGAAGAAGGGUGAAGGGGGGCAGUUGGUCAAAAAGAUAUUUGUCCAAAAUGCUAUUGAAGACAAUGAACUUCUUAGUUCUCUUCUGAAUGAUGGAUCUUCUUGUAUCAUUCUCCCUAUAAAUGCCGAUGAUGGUCCUGUUCUUUCAGCUUUGCGCUCAAGAUCCCAAUUAAAAGCUAAAUCCAAUACUUCAGAUGGCCUAUGCAGUAGUGGAGAAGCUCUAGAAGAGUCGAGAUGCUUAUCAGAGACUUUUGAUAGGAAUGGUGAAAUUAUAAACUGUGGUGCUUUGUCUUCGUCGAAAGAAAGUCCAUCAUCAGUCUGCUCCGGAAGUAUGCAUGAUUGUGUAAAUUUGUCUUGCUCAUCUGAUACACAUAAUGCAGAAGGUGAUAAAGUGGAUGUAAUCAGUGCUGCUGGGCUUUUAGAUCAGGGUUUAUUAUCCUGUGUCAGCUGUGGGAUUUUAAGUUUCUCGUGUGUGGCUGUCAUCAAACCAAGAGAGUGUACAUCAAAAUACUUGAUGUCUUCUGAUUAUAAUUUGAUUAAUGAUCAGCUUGUUAAUUCUGGAAGGAUACAUCCGGCAAAUGCAACAAGUGAAGGGACUGAUGGUGGCAUUCUGCAUUCUGAUGAAGAUAUUCAGAACAAAAAAAUUAAAGUCUGUCAUGACUGCAGUGAAUUAUCGAGGCACAUGACUGAAUCGCAGCACAAUGAUUCAAGUCAUGUUUGUUUUGAUGGAACGAAGAUGUCCUCAAGUAGCAUUAAAUGCCAAGAAAGACCAUCAUCCCAGAGCUCCCAAUGUAUUGGUGGCUCAGGUAUUUUGAAUGGUCCAAGGGGUUUUCGCACAAGAAACAAAUAUCUACUUAAGAUGGCACUAUCUGAAGGUUUUCAGCCAAAUAAUAUUUAUCAGUCGAUGGAAAAGAAGGGUCAAUCUGAGCCGUCAAAUUCAAAAAAGAUUGUAAAGGAGCCACUUGUUACCGGUGGCACAGACUAUGAUGCCAGAUGUAAGAGCACUGCAAUUGCUACGGGUGACCCUAGAAGCUCUACAGCUACAAUUAACAUCUCUGAUCAACCAAUUGUGGAAUUUGACAAGGAUUCAUCAAGAAUGCAUGUAUUUUGUCUUGAGCAUGCUGUCGAGGUUGAGAAGCGACUCCAAGCAAUUGGUGGUGCCCAUAUUAUUCUUUUAUGUCGCCCAGAAUAUCUUAAAAUAGAAGCAGAAGCAAGGACUUUAGCUGCAGAAAUGAAAGUUGAGUAUGACUGGAAGGACAUCCAUUUCAGGGAAGCCAACAUGGAGGAUCGGGAUAUGAUACAAGAAGUCCUGCAGGAUGAGGAAACAAUACCAACAAACAGUGACUGGGCUGUUAAACUGGGUGAUAAUCUUUACUACAGUGCAAAUCUUGCCAAAUCUCCUAUAUAUAACAAACAAAUACCGUACAACAAAGUCAUUUAUAGGGCUUUUGGCUGUGAUUCUCCUGAUAAUUCACCAGUAAAUCUGAAGACUUGCGAGAGAAAUCAAGGAAGGCAGAAGAAAGUGGUCUUUGCUGGCCGGUGGUGUGGGAGAGUAUGGAUGUCAAACCAGGUCCAUCCGUACUUGGCUCGGAGAAUUGAAAGCCAUGAACUGGAAGAGAUUGACAAUUCUAGUGGAGUUGAAGUCUCCAAAAGAAUUGGUAGCACUAUAACAGCUGUAAUGAGAUCAAGCAAGAAAAGGGAGAACAUGAUUCUUAAGGAAACAAACAGCAAGAGGAUCAAGCAAACUCAAGAGUGCAACUCCGGAGCAUUAAAAGGUGUUGCUGAAGUGCCCUCCCCCUCACCAGCUGGAGUGGUUCUCCGUGUUAGCUCUAGGAUUGCCAACAGAGCAAACAAGAUAAAAUCAGAGAUGACAGAAGAGGAGGAUCCUGCUGGGCGUCCAAAGUCAGAGGUCACUUGCCCGUCGAGACCAGGACCGUCAAAGCAGAAGACUAAAGUCAAAGCAAAGAACCAGAUAAUGCCUCCUACUGCAUCUCUUAAGGAUGAAAAGGAGCACCCAUCCGCUACCAAGGGCUCUUCUGUGAGCUGUUACACUAAGCAGAGAACCAGAACAGAAGCAAAGGAAGCCACAGGGGAGACGGGGACUCCAAGAGAUCCAAAGCAGGAAGAGUAUGUCUGCAAUAUCGAUGGCUGUUUGAUGAGUUUUGACACAAAAAAGGAACUGUCCUUGCAUAAGCACAACAUUUGCCCAGUGAAGGGCUGUGGGAAGAAGUUCUUCGUGCACAGGUAUCUGCUCCAGCACCGCAAGGUUCACACGGACGACCGUCCGCUGAAAUGCCCGUGGGAGGGUUGCGAUGUGGCAUUCAAGUGGACAUGGGCAAGGACAGAGCAUCUUAGGGUUCAUACGGGCGACAGGCCCUAUGUUUGCCAUGAGCCAGGGUGUACGCAGACAUUCAGGUUUGUAUCAGAUUUCAGCCGUCACAAACGCAGGACAGGUCAUUCAACCAAGAAGACUAACAAACACAAGAGCAACCAAGGCAGUAGCAAGUUGUGGUAGUACCAGAAGCAACAGGGGUAGUGAGUUUGUAUAUAUUCCACCAGCGCCCGGAGCCCAUGGUAGUCUGCUCACGAUUUCAGUAAUUUAGCACUGAUAUCUUUAUUAGGCGAUUCUAUCUGCACCGCAAUCAGUGUGCUCCCUAUGUCGCCAAUUUCAUUCAUCAUUCUCCAUGAUUACUAAUUCACCUUGUUUAGCACUGACAUGAUGCUUGAUGCCCUGAUGUAUUGACGUUAGCACUGAAUGCAUGGUUAACUGUCAUAUUACAAUCCGAUCUCUCUAA